AUGCGUCUGUCCACCUCGGUCGUGCUCGGCGCGGCCGCCACCGCGGUCGCCGGCGACCAAAAGAUCCUGAACAAGGGCAGCGAGUACCACUCGCCUCUGCACGUCGGCGGCGGCGGCUCGCGCACCGGCUUCGACUGGUCCGUCGACUUUGAGUCGUGGGCCAAGCCGCUCAAGGAGCUGUACGGCGACAUCACCACCGAGGCCAAGGCCACCUGGGACGAGGUGUCGCUGCUGGCGCCCGAGGUCGUCGAGACGUUCAAGCACAGCAUCGCCGCCAAGGCCAGCUCCAAGAAGAUCCACAACCGCCCCGACUCCCACUGGGACCACAUCAUCAAGGGCUCCGACGUCCAGUCGCUCUGGGUCAAGGGCGACGACGGCGAGGACCGCCGCAAGGUCGGCGGCAAGCUCGACAACUACGACGUGCGCGUCCGCAAGGUCGACCCGUCCAAGCUCGGCGUCGACACGGUCAAGCAGUACUCGGGCUACCUGGACGACAACGAAAAGGACAAGCACCUGUUUUACUGGUUCUUCGAGUCGCGCAACGACCCGGCCAACGACCCCGUCAUCCUGUGGCUCAACGGCGGCCCCGGAUGCUCGUCGAUGCUCGGCCUCUUCAUGGAGCUCGGCCCGGCAUCGAUUGACAAGAACGGCAAGGUCGUGCAGAACCCCAGCUCGUGGAACAGCAACGCGUCCGUCAUCUUCAUCGACCAGCCCGUCAACGUCGGCUACUCGUACGGCAGCGGCAGCGUGUCCAACACGGCCGCGGCCGCCAAGGACAUUUACGCCCUGCUCACGCUCUUCUUCCACCAGUUCCCCGAGUACGCCGAGCGCGACUUUCACAUUGCCGGCGAGUCGUACGGCGGCCACUACGUGCCCAUCAUGGCCACCGAGAUCCUGUCGCACAAGGACCGCAACAUCAACCUCAAGUCGGCCCUCAUCGGCAACGGCCUGACGGACGGCUACACGCAGUACGAGUACUACCGCCCCAUGGGCUGCGGCGACGGCGGCUACCCGGCCGUGCUCGACGAGUCGCAGUGCCAGAGCAUGGACAAUGCCCUCCCCCGCUGCCAGAGCCUCAUCCAGUCGUGCUACAGCAGCGAGAGCGUCUGGAGCUGCGUCCCCGCCAUCCUCUACUGCAACGCCCAGUUCAUCGGCCCCUACCAGCAGACGGGCAUGAACCCCUACGACGUCCGCGAGAAGUGCAAGGGCGGCAACCUCUGCUACGACGAGAUGACCUGGAUCACCGACUUCCUCAACCGCGACGACGUCCAGGACGCGCUCGGCGUCGAGCCCACCACCUUUGACAGCUGCAACUUUGACAUUAACCGCAACUUCAUGUUCCAGGGCGACUGGAUGCUGCCCAUCGUCAAGGUCGUCCCCGGCCUGCUCGAGCAGAUCCCCGUCCUCGUCUACGCCGGCGACGCCGACUUCAUCUGCAACUGGCUCGGCAACCGCGCCUGGACCGACCGCCUCGAGUGGGCCGGCCAGAAGGACUACAGCGACGCCAAGAUCAAGGACCUCAAGAUUGAGGGCAGCAAGAAGGCGUACGGCAAGGUCAAGUCGGCCAAGGGCCUGACGUUUAUGCAAAUUUUCGAGGCCGGCCACAUGGUGCCCUACGACCAGCCCGAGGCGUCGAUUGACUUUCUCAACCGCUGGAUCGCGGGCGAGUGGGCCAAAUAG